AUGUCGACUGCAAUUGCUUGUAAUCGUCGACCAACAACUGCAGGUAUAUAUUCUUUGAAUCUAUUAUUAAUUUUUUUUUUCAAAACCAUUACAUUUUUUUCAGAUUAUUAUUCUGAAAUUCCAAUGUCUAACCGAUGUUCGACAUCUUCAUCUUCUCAAAAACCAAUCGAAGAUGUUUCUGUGUCACAUGUUGAGGUUUGGUUUAUAAUUCUUUUUCGAGACAUAUGUCACGGUCAGCUGAACCGCCGAACUUUUUGAAAUUCAUUUAUGAGAAUCACUUUUUUUGAACUUGACAGGAGUUAGAAGAGAUUGUCUGAGUGGCGAUGAAAAAAUUCGUAUUGAAAAAUUUGAAACUACAGAAAAUUGUUAAAAAGUUUCCGGUUAUUGUGAAAAUUUUUCUUAUCCUCAUAAAAUAAUAUUAUAAUUUUUAGUUCUAGAUUAGCUAGGGCUUCUUUGGAAUAAAUGUGAUCUGCAGUAACCUGCCUUUCCGCAGCGUAAAUAAAAAUUAAAAUUAAAAUUAAACCUGAUUUCGACACUGACAAGAUUUUCAGAAAAUUAAUUUCUAAUGGAACAAUCGAAAAGGGUCACAAACUGUAAUUCGAUUACAAAUUUGUUUUAAUUAAAAAGAAAAACGAAGAAGUUCAUUAAAAAAAUACAAACUCAGAAUUUGUUGAUCAAUAAAACAUUCAUUUCAGUUUCUUGUUAAUCUAAAAAUUAAGCCUGUUCUAUGACUUUUUUAGAAGAAAAGUCACGGAAAACAAUCGGAUUUUGAUAUAUUCUCAUUGAAUGAAAACAAGAUACUGUAGAAGAAAAAAGAAAUCCAGACGAAUUUGAUUUUUUUUCUGAGCCCGUUACUUCUUUCUGAAUCAUUGAUGAAAAGUCAUGAAAUGAAAUUCUAAUAAUCCAAAAAAGUCACGCGAAAAAUGUUGAUUAUAUUUUUCACAAUGAACUUAUUUUGCACUUCUCGAAAAUAUCUCAUUUUUCAGGAAAAUGAUCUCGAAAGUCGAAUCGAAUUAAUGCUUCGCGAAAGAGAUGAUCAAUGGAGAAGACAUGAAAAAUCACAAAUUCAAUUUUUGCAAAACGAAACAUCUUCAAUGUUGAAAUCUUUGCAUCAAGAAGUUAACAAUUUGCAAAAUCAAUUGAGAGAAGCUCAAAGAAGACAAAUAAUGGGAGAAGAAAAUGAAGAAAAUGGGGAAGAGAAUUCGGAGAGAAUUAAAGAAUUAGAGAAGAAAUUGGCUGAAAAAGAGAUGUACACUAAAAAUCUUGAAAAGAAAGUAACGGCAACUAUUCAAAAAUUACAGGAACAAAUUCAGAUUCAAGUGAGUUCAAGAAAUGAAAAAAAAUAAUGCAACUUUUAUGAUUUUUCCUAAUUUUGUAGAGCGAAAGAAUCCGUCAAUUAAACGAUGAAUUGAAUGAUCGAAAUCAAACAGUAACCCAUUUGAGUCAACAACUUCGUUCAAUUCGGCUUCGCGAAGCAAUGGCAACUUCGCAACAUCGACGUCGAGCUUCUCAACAAACAUCUCCACCUUUGACUUCUCCAUCAAGUCCACAUCGUAUUUUUCCUCCAAUUUCUACUGGUCUUUUGUCAGCUUCAGUUGCUGUUACUUAUCCUGGAUCAAAAUCAUCGGCUAAUAACACGUGAGUUGCAAAGGAAGAUCAAAAUCAAUUUCUUGAAUAAGCUAUUUAGAAUAUGGAAAAUAUUUCAAAACUAGAAUCAAGUAUUUCGAUACUGUAUGUUCGAAAACAAUGUUCAGGAAGAUCUAUUGGAAGUUUCAAAAUUUCGAAUUUUUAUAAAGCCCAAAUUUCCUCAGGAACUUAGGAAUAAUGCAAAAUUUAUGACUUACUGUGUUUGUAAAUUUGGAAACUUUGGAUACUGUAGUUUUGUGAGCCAAUGUUUUCGAAUUCGAGAGUAAAUUAAAGAAAUUAGAUCCUAAGCUUGAAAAAUCAACAAUAACUUAAAAGUUACAAUUUUUAAAUCAGGUUCUAAAUACAGUUUGAUGAUUCAGAACUGUUAAAAUAUGUUUUGCUAACUUGAGAUUUCAAUUUUUGAAUAUUUCAGGAGUAAUCCAACAUCUUCUUCUCGCCGUGCAAAUUCAGCAAGAAGAUCCCCAUCGAUGCCAAAUUAA